CGCGAAGCGCCCUCUAAGGCUAGAAAGAAGGGCGCGAAGCGCCUUGAAUUUCUAGUAUUUUAAAAAAGCCGAAUCUAACCUGUUCCUGUGUCAAUGUCUUAAUCUCUUAAAGUUCUUCUUCCUAUUUUAAAAUCAGCUUUCCAGAUAGAAUGGCGGAAAUAAUAAAAGAUGAAAUGAUAAAGACCGUUUUCGUGAAGGAAGAAAUAACUGAGGAAGCGUUUGAGAAUAAUGUGAUGAAUUCUAGCAAGGAUGAAGUAAAUACUCCUUCUACUGUUGAAAAUACAUGUACUGUAUAUGUACAGGAAGAAGAUGUGAAGAUGGAAGUUUCUGGAGAUGAAGGUGAAGUAGUAAACCAGAAAAAUGGUCCUCUGCUAUCUGAGUCGAGGAGAAAAAAGAGCAAAAUAGGAGGAGGGAGAUAUCCUUGUGAUCAAUGUGAAUAUAGUGCAACUGCAGUAGGUAAUCUUAAAAAGCAUAUCGAGAACAAACAUGAAGGAGUUACAUAUCCCUGUGAGAAAUGUGAUUAUAUUGCAACUGCUACUGGUAAUCUUAAAAAGCAUAUUAAAAUUAAACAUGAAGGAGUGAGAUAUCCUUGCACUCACUGUAAGUACGCUGCAACCACAGUUAGUGAUCUUAGAAGACAUAUUGAGAUAAAGCACGUAGGAGUGAGAUAUCCUUGCGACAAAUGUGAGUACGCUGCAACCACAGCAAGUAAUUUAAGAAAUCAUGUUGAGAUAAAGCACGUAGGAGUGAAAUAUCCCUGUGAUAAUUGUGAGUACAUUGCAACCACAGCAAGUAAUCUUAAAUCUCAUACUGCGAGUAAGCAUGAAGGAGUGAGCCAUUCCUGUAAUAUAUGUGAGUUCACUGCAUCUAGAGCAGGUCAUCUUAAGGUUCACAUUGAGAGUAAACAUGAAGGAUUGAGAUAUCCCUGUAAUAAAUGUGAUUUCUCUGCAACUACCGCAAGUAGUUUAACAAGACAUAUUAAGCGUAAACAUAUAAUUGUGUGAUAAAAUUGUUAUGAAUAAUAUAAUAAUAAAAGAGAACAUGAUUAUGUAA